AAAAAAACUCACAACAUGCUUUCUGAUGACGUAAAAUUUCCGCGACUCACCUCCGCUAGCGAAUUCAUUUCAAACAAGCGUGACUCCCUGCGAGUCGAUGUUCAGAUGUAGAUACUUGUUUUGUUGUUUUAAAGACUUGAGUGCUUUAGUGUAUUUCGUACCAAGAUGACGUCACUGCCGCAGAAGCGUUACUACCGACAGCGAGCUCAUUCGAACCCGAUGGCGUACCACUCGUUCGAGUAUCCAGUGUGUCCUGAGGAGAUGAACUGGUCUGAGCUGUAUCCAGACGUCUUCACUGGAAACCCUUCUGAGAUGGAGUCCCCCAGGGUUGAGUUUGCAGACAUUGGAUGUGGAUACGGGGGGCUUUUAGUGGAGCUAUCUCAACUUUUCCCAGACAAGCUCAUGUUAGGCCUGGAGAUCCGAGUGAAAGUGUCUGAUUAUGUUCAGGAUCGCAUCCAGUCACUCCGUGCCUCUGAGCCAGGAAAGUACCAGAACAUUGCCUGCCUUCGCAGUAAUGCUAUGAAAUAUCUCCCCAACUUCUUUUCCAAAGGACAGCUCAGUAAGAUGUUCUUCCUCUUCCCUGACCCUCACUUUAAAAAGACCAAGCACAAAUGGAGGAUCAUCAGUUCCACAUUGUUGGCAGAGUACGCCUACACGCUUAGAGUCGGGGGUUUGGUGUACACCAUUACAGAUGUGGACGAAGUGCACCUCUGGAUGGUGAAGCAUUUCACUGAACAUCCUCUUUUUGCACGUGUGCCUGAUGAAGAACUGGAUGGUGAUGUCAUCAUUAGUCGUUUGGGUACCUGCACAGAGGAAGGAAAGAAAGUACAGAGGAAUGGAGGGAAGAAUUUCCUCGCAGUUUUCCGGAGGAUUGAGGAUUCAGUUUAAGACCAAACAGAUUGGACAUGUGGUGAACUGAAAUAAUGGUCUAAUGGUCUAAUACAGCUGUAGAGGGAAGGUGCUGCUCUGUGGAGCUGGAGGCUGUAGCUUCUGGAUUUAACGGGCCAACAUGACAUCAUUAGCCUACAGAGGAUGUUUUCUUUUUUUUUUAUUAAUGUUUCUAUUGUAUUCUUCAGCUAACUAAAUACAGCAGAGUCAUGAAUGGAUCUUUAGAUCUCAAGACAAACUAAUAUUGUUAAGAUUGUUUAUUUUUUCUGUACAUUUUUUGGAUCUUUUUCGGUUUCUUUUAAGUGCUAAUAAGGUUUAUCUAUAAAGCUGAAAAGGAUUUUAGUAAAAGAAAAAGGCAGUCAUGUAUUUUUUUCAAUUGUGCGAUGUGCUUUGUUUUGCAAUGUUUGGGGUUUUACAACAGAGUCCGAUAGAGCUGCACUAAAUCAAAGAGCAUCGUCUAUUUCCUGCACAGUUAUGUAGUUAUGCAAUUUUUUCUAAUCCAUCUUCAAAAUGCAGGGCCUUGGUAUUCAGGAAUAAUUUGAAACCUUUUUGGAAUUACUCAAACUUACACUCGAUGAUAUAAUGGAGUGUUGGCUUCAUGCUGGUUGUUCAGGAUAUUGGCAGCCGAAUCUAAAGUGGAUUAGACUGUAAUGUUUGCUAACAAUUUACAUCUGGCUUGUUUGCUGUGGGCCAUUUUGUGCCUUAAAAAAAACCUGUUGGACAUUUAAGUUAUCUCUCAGGUUUCUCUCAUGCAAUUGAAACGUUAGUCCCAUAUUUGAUUUCACAAGUUGAUUGUUGUUACUUUCACUUUUAUUGUUAUCCGAACCCAUUAGUUUCAGCCAUUAGCCGUCUCUGCUGAAACCAGUGAAACUGUUUUCCUGUGCUGGUUUUAUGAUUGAAGCUGUAUGUUACAGGUUGGUGUUCCUGUGUAUUAGAAGUGUGGAAACAGGACACUGCAGGUUUGAAGGCCUCGUGCUGCUGCAGGGGGAUAGUGGUUAAAAGCAGGACUGCACAUGCCUCAGUGAUAGAAAAACCCAGACUCUGGAAAACUUUAGAUAAUGUCAAAAAGGAAUUGAAGAACUCAUAAAAGUAUCGAAAAUAUUCGAAAAUGUUUUACUGCUGCAUACUUAGCGGUGUUAUUGGCACUCUGCCAUUAUGCAGCCACCUUUUGGCGGUUCGUUUUUCAGGAUUCUGACAGUUUGUUUAAUUUUCUCGUCUUUCAAUACCCCUAAAGGUACAGUACAUAACAGAGUUAGUCUACUUGUGCCUGGAGGCAUAAGUCCAUCUACAUAGCUUAUGAUGAAAAUGUAAAAUACAUGCUCACUCAUGCAGCAGUAUUUGUUCAGUUUUCCUUACUCUGAACUUUUCUGCUCCAUUUAAACAAUUCCAGGUUAUGAUGAAAUAAUUAAAGUUUUGAUAGUUAGUCAACCUCACUCUACGGUCAUCUGUACCCAUGAUAAGUACAUUCUUGGAUUCAAAGGAUAAAUUAUUUAUUCUUAAAUAAACCACAUUUUCUGGUCUUGGAUGGGCCAGACAUUUGUCCAUAGGUCAUGAAGGGAGAUACUGUUGAGUCCCUUGGACUAAAAACAAAGCAGCCUUAAAUGGUAAAGCCCUAUUUGCUGAGGAGUAUUUCAGAUAUGUGGUUGAAAGCUCUAAAACUCAAAGUAAUUGAACCUUGAGCCGAGGAUUAUUUUGCUGACUGCUCUGUCAAGAAUGAACUUUCAAGCUCAAAUAUCCGACUACUUUCCCUGAGGUCUACAUAUAUUCUUUGGUAACUACAGGAAGGACGUAUUCGACUGUUUUUAUGGUGUAAAAAUGUUCAGCAGUCUAGUUCAUUAAAUCUUUGAUGUUGACGUAG